CAGCAACAGUUGACAGCUCACUUUGGUGCAGGUCGUGCAAUCUCCUUGAGAUUAAAAAUGUUCAAUGUUUACAUUUAAUGAAUAAAAAUUACAUACGAAGUGUAAUCAACCUGUUACGUGUGAUACGAGUGAAUUUUAAUACAGAAAUAUGCAGUGUGAAGCGAGUGAGUUAUAGUUUGUGAUAUUAGUUUUGAAACUUGUAUAGUUGUUAUUCAAGUUACAUUGCCGUGAAAUGGAUUAAACAAGUUGCUAGGAGCACGUUCUAAAACAAAUGUCUUCGGCUGCUGUAAGUACACAUUCAGGGGCUGGUCCCCUGAGCCUGAUGUCGUGUGUACGAGAAUCAUCACCUCUUCAAGACUUUGACUCGGACACGGAGAAAAACGUGGCGACCAAGAAGAAAUUCUGGAACCGUCUGAAAUGGUUCAAACGGAAGAACAAGGUAAUCGAAGACAGCGUGCUGCCGGUAUCCGAUUACAUACCGACCUCGGAAUCGCUACGUAGCCGGUCCACAAGCGAACUAUCCAUCGAGGAACCCCCAAGAAAAAGGAAUGGCAGCUCGAUGUAUCCAGGACUCAGCGUGUCUCACGACAGCGUCUUCCAUUCACCUCAGUCGGGCUCAGAAACUGAUCUCGACGUCGGACACAGUUCCUCUUCCUUGUCCAUACCCAUGCAGCCGCAUUCUGCUGAACUCCAGACUGAACUCAGCGAGAGGUUGAGGCUGAGACGCAGUGGAGGAGGAAGAGGGGAUACCAGCGAAGAUGACGAAGGAUUACCCCAUAGUCCAUGCAAUUCCCCCACCACGACUGAUAAUAUUGACAAGACUGCCCUUAAGGAUCUCCCGAAUAAAUCGCAUAGUACUUGCAGUGACGGUUCUCUCCUCAGUGUUGGAAGUUCAGAUAUAGAAGAGGAUUUGUUGAUUAGUCAGAUAAGGCAUAGCUCUAAAUUAUCUUUAUCAGAAAACAAACAUGACUUGGACCUUAACACAUCAACGUCGAUACCCCUUAACCACAGUGCGGCACACCAUCGUGUAGCAGUCAGACCCAAGAAAACACAUGGAGUGCCCAGGAGAAGAAGAGUUCAACAGUUACCUAACACAUUGCCUACCACAAUUGAAGUCAAUGAAGAUUCCUCCAUAAGAAGUUCAUCUCCUGAAGCUAUUAUUAAAGACAACGCUAUAGAGCUUUGUAACACGUCAGGAAAUCACCAUCUCCCUCUAACCGAAACCCAACUAAAAAGUUCUUCUCUUCCUCUCGGUCUAGUUGCACCAACCUCGGCGGACGCCAAACUGAACAGAAGCAGAUCGAAUGCGGGAAGCAAGUCACAGGACACGCUCGAGGAACCCUCCGAGAAGGAGGAGAAGGGUGACAGGUCCUUCUUCGAGCGGCUGUUCCCCAGACGCAGCGCCAAAAAGAAGAAGGCCAAGCACGACGAGAAGAAGCUGGAAGAAAAGAAGAUGAAACUGGAGGAAUCUUCGUCGAGAAGAGAAGAGGAUAGGAGAAAAAGCGAGGAGAUUUUCAAGCCCGAUAAGUACGCUACUCGCGAAUCACAAGCAGAAGCUAACAGUCGCCGGUACGAGACCAAGCCGUUCCCUGCGGUACGUUCUGGAGCCGCCUACCGCCAAAGGGUGGUACCGUCAGAAGUUCUAGACUCCCCGGUCGCCCCUAGGAAAGAAGAGGACGCUUUAUCUACAUCCCCGCUCCAAAUGGAGCUGGAGAACAAACUGAAACAAAGACUGAACAGCGUUAGCUUUCCUCAAGACCAAAAGGAGGAGGAGGUUCACGAACCCAAACCUAGGUAUUUCGAGAGCAAGCCCGAAGAACCCAGACACAAAAUCAAACUGGCAGGGUUGUCCUCUCUCCAGCAGAAAGUAUUGAUCCUCAACGAGGAUGAGGGAGAUUUUCACAAUUUCAAGUCUUUGACAGAAUUCCCAACUACUUCUCAGACUGCCAACGUUCUUCUUACCAAAAGCCACAGUUUUAAGACCGCCAAACAAACCACCUCAGUGGUAACGACUACCAAAAACGUUUUCGGUGUUGAAUCGAAAGAAAUGUCUAUUGGGAAGUCUUCUUCUUUAGACAGUAUGAAAGUGCUAGAAGAACAGGUACGAAGGUCGAGUACUCAGGUGAUAGCUGAAAGACAUACAAGGCAACAGACGGUUGAGAUCAAACGUGAUGUGGUUGUGAAUCAGAAGGAUGAUAUAGAUGAGGAAAUUGCUAAACAGAUAAUGGAAACUAAGAAUAUUUGCGAUAGCUUCCAGGACAAAAGCCACAUCACCAUAUCAGGACCAAGCCAUACUGCUGUUGUUAAUGUAAAGAACAAUUCUGAGUAUUUUAACCUUGAAGAGUCUAAGGUUGAACCUGUCGAAAAGCCUAGCCACCUUGUAUCCAUAACAAAGAUCAAUGUACAGCCAGAAUCUGAAGAGUUGUCUCCAUCACUGAUCACAUUAGAAGGAAAACCUUCAAUGGUCUCCAAGAGCCCUAAGAGGUUCUCCGAACAAUUAAAAUCCAAGUCUGUCUUCAACUUUGAUACAGACAAGCAGCCCUUUGUCCAAAGGAAGUUCAGCCAAGAUAACGUGGAAAUAAUAGAUAAAGAUGCAGAAUCCCCUAAAACUCCACCAUCAACAGGUCCCUUGUUCAAGAAAAACGAAAAGGCUAUAAAGAAAGCAUCAUCAGUUACUGCAGCACCUGAGUCCCCGAUUAAAGAUAAGUCUAUCAACUCUUUCAAGUCUUCCAGCUUAGAUUCACUCGCAAGCGAGCACUUCGAUAGUACGGACAAAUCCUCACAGGAUAGCCUUGACAAUUUAGUGGACAAGUCUAGGGAUAGAACUGAAAGCGUGGUGAUGAGAAAGAAGUCUUCAGUCAAGGAUAAGAAGGAGGAAGAGCCUGAGCUUAUGAAGGUGUUUGCGAGAAGAUCUCUGAAACUGAAGGAACCUGAGAAUGAAAACUUAAGUCAACAACUAUCUGUGAUGAUAAGCGAAAAUUGUGAUAAAACUCGCGACAGUGAUAAAGAGAACCAGACAGAUUCUCCUGUAAAGGAACGUAAGAAGUCGAAGGAUAACUUAAAGGUCGAAAUUGUUGAAGAUGAGCCUCAACCCAAGAAGAAGUAUGUUAGCAAAUCCGAUGAGGAAGAUUUGCAAAAGAAACCUCUGAUAUUCGAGCUGGAGAAGAAGGAGAAGGAGCCGUUGAUCGAGUCUAAUGUCCCUCAUUCAAAGCCUAUACCUAUCAGGCGUAACUCUCGGUCUGAAAAUCAUUCUCUUGAGAAUGUAGAGGUCACCCUUAGAAAGCCAGCAGAGCAAAAUUCGUCCUACAUUAGGUGCGUUAGUGUAAACACCACGAAAAAUAUAGACAAUUCUCAGAACAUUCUGAGAAAACAGUUCAUAAGUCGAAGACGGACAGACAACUGGAUAACAAACAUUAAAAAUGAAGAUACUGAAAAAGAUAAAGAAGUGAAAGAAGGAGACAGUCCCAAAGAACAAACGGCUAGUGACUUGAUUAUAGAGCCCAAGAAUUUCAAUCAAAGGAAGGCUGAAUGGGAGAAGAGAGCCCAGGAAGCCCAAAAAAAAUCGCCCUGAGGGUAUAUGUCGGAAUAAAAAUAAGCCAGCCUUCCAUUUUGUAACAUUUUAUAACUGCCUCAAAUUCGUAACUUAUCUGACACUUAUUAUCUUCAAUUUUUUAUACUUUUCUUAUAAAUUUUUAUUCAGUUCAUAUACGUCUUCCUAUUUAAUUAAUUUUUUCGUUCUGUUGCUUCAGAAUAUCGAAUACUGUCGAGGCAAUUUGAAUCGAAUAUUUUUACAUCAAAUUUUUUAAGUAUAUGUUUUUAUAUUGUCUUUAUGUUUCUCAUUUGUAUCCACAUUCAAUUGAUGAGGAGUAUUUCUAUGUAUUCCAACUGUAUUCUUCUUGAUAUCAACCCUUAUGAUUAUUAAAGGGUUCUGUUUUGGAACUUGAUUGUAUAACGUGUAAAUAUCCAUAUUUUUAGGACAUCACUAGUUUAUCAAAGAUCAAUGUUUUCUACAUGAACUGUUGCCAUGUGAUGAUACCGGCAUUAGUAAAUAAGGUUUGUAAUAUUUCAGAUGAAAUAGGUUUUAAGUGCCUUUUUAAAGAAAAAAUCGUUAUUGUAUAUAUUAAUAAAAACUAUGAAAUAUUGAAUUAGAAGAAAAAAUCUAUCGAUGAAUUGAGAAUGCCUUGUGAGUAAAGUAAAGGGUGCUUAACAGAAAGAAAGUAUUGUCUUUCAAUGAGUGUAUAUUAUAAAUUGUAUUAUUAUCUAUAUGUUUGUUGUCCGAUACAAUAAAAGAUUUAUAUCAAAUAUGAAACAUAA